AUGUCUUUACUUUCAACAGAAAAACAAUUUUCUAAAACUUUUGCUAAACUUUUGAGGCAUUUGGCACUUUCUGUUUCUGAAACUGAUCAUUUAUUAUUUUUUGUUUUUCAAAUGGUUGAAUCUAUGUUUUUUGAAAGAGCAAGUUUUAAUAGAAUAAAAAAUGAUUUAUUACAAUUUGGCCGUUGUAUGUUUCAUAGCCAACAACAAUUUCAAUCUUUACGUUUUCGCUACACAAUUUCUUUGGAUAAAUCAAAUAAUGUUAACAACGAUAAUAUACCUUUAUAUAAAUUUUGUUAUAAACUUACAAGAGCACGAGAACGUGAUAACAAAGUUAUUGAUAAAGAGGAAGCUGAAAAGAAUUAUUUGUUUCAACGAUGCUUUUUCCAUAAUGUUGAUCCUGAAAGUGUAGUCCGUUCAGCGCCAUCUGAACCUGCUGGUCCAUUUACUUUUGCACAUCUAAAUAAACACAGAAACGUGACAAUCUCUGAAAGUGAAGAUACGGAUGUGGAAAUUAACAACAAUAAUGAGAUUGCCGAUUUGUUAUCUUCCUCUUCCUCAUCGUCGAGUGAUAACGACGAGGAUGAAAUAUUGGAAGAAAAUGUUCGAGGAAAAGCUACUGGCAAAAAAUACCCUCUUAAAUUAACUUCAUUGCCGGCGCCUGCUACACUAGCACUUUGCGCAUUUAGAUAUUGGUGAUUGUUUGUUACUUUAUAUUU